CAAUUUCAAGUUUGCUCUGUGUAAUCAAAUCAUGCAAGCAACACGCUUCGACACUGCUCAUGAAGAUUUAAUACACGAUGUCGCUUACAACUACUAUGGAAAGCGUCUAGUCACAUGUUCCUCAGAUCAACGCCUGAAAGUCUGGGAUUUCAAUGAAUCUGGCAACGGAGUAGCACAAUGGGAACUGAACGACUCUUGGAAGGCGCACGAUUGUUCCAUCCUCAAGGUUAUAUGGGCUAAUCCCGAGUUUGGUCAAGUUAUAGCCAGUUGUUCUUUUGAUAGACAGGUUAAAAUAUGGGAAGAGCAAGAAAUAGAACCCAAAAACAGCCAAAAAAGAUGGGCAGAAAAGUUUCGAUUAGUGGAGAGCCGAGGUUCUGUUCAAGAUAUUGAAUUUGCGCCAGGAAAUGGAAGUCUACGCUUGGCAACAUGCGCUGCUGAUGGCAUUGUCCGAAUAUACGAAGCUCUUGAGCCAACUAAUUUGACACAAUGGCCACAAAUGGAGGAAUUCGAAAUAUCUUCAAACGCCUCGUCGCUUAAUGCACAUUCAGCAUCCGCAGGUGGUGGAACUGGUGGAAGCACAAUGGCUACUAGCGCAUUUGGUUCUCAAGCACCAAGUGCAUUGGCAGGAGGACAAGGCCUUGCUGGCGGGAGCGCAGGAGCAUCUGGUGGACUGCAGCAAGCUGGCCCCAAUCAAGGACGUAACAGUGAUGCCGGUGGAAGCUAUUGUUUGAGUUGGUGUCCAAACCGAUGCCCGGCGCCCAUGAUGGUAGUUGGUUUAGGUAGAGAAAAUGGAGCUCGUAUCUUUAAACACGACGGACAAAAUAGGUGGUAUCCUGGCGAAUACCUACCUGGUCAUGAAAAGGAAGUGCACGAUGUCUGUUGGGCACCAAGCAUGGGACGAUCUUAUCAAUUAAUCGCCACAGCAUGCAAAGAUCACUUUGUCCGUAUUUUCAAGUUAACAGAAAUUAGCGCCACCCAAUCUAAUCCACCCCAAACCCCACAAUCAAGAAACCCAUCCCAAUCCAAACUGAAUUUAAGCCCUUCUGCUUCACCAAAUCAAUCACAAGUUGGUAAACGAUUCAAGGUAGAAGUUUUAGCUACAUUUGACGAUCAUCAAGCGGAGGUAUGGAGAGUGGAAUGGAACAUAGAGGGUACAAUCCUAGCAUCAUCUGGCGAUGAUGGUACGGUUAGGUUGUGGAAGGCUGGGUUCGACGGCGUAUGGCGGCAAAUGUCCGUGAUAUCCGCAGAUGGAUCUAAUGGUGGUGCUCAUCCAUCACACUGAAUCACAUAGAUAAACUUGUUAAUUAGGGCAUCCAUCUUCUUUACCCCAGUAAAAUAUAUCAAUUUGUGUGAUUUGGUAGAGUCUGUCAGCGAGAAAAGAACCAAUAUGGGAAAGGAACAAAAUUUC